AUGUCUGCUUUGAUCAAUCCGUUCCUAGUCCAGCCCGGCUUCGGUCCUACAGCCCAGCAAUCCCCCAACGUCUCGUCCCCAUUCCCAUUCCUUCCACCAACAUACCACUUCUCUCCGCUCCCCAACGCGUCCAUGAAGCCGCCACUCGAGUUCGAGCUAUCGCUGCCUCUCCGCUGUCGCCCUCGGUUCAAUUGUGUGGGUGUAUGUGCGCCGUUUCCGCCUGGCGAGGAUGUUCCGGGUGAUCUUGAGAGUGGAGGGGCGCCGUAUGAGCGGGUUGUGGAGGUCGGGCUGAAGGGUGUGUUUGUUGUUGUGCGGGUUGUGGGGGAUGUGAGCGCUGUUUGUGCGGCGAUUGAGUCGGAGGUUUUUGUGGUUAUUGUUCGGGGUUGGGAGGUGGUGGAGGCGGAGUUUGUGGUUGUGGCGGAAGUGGUGGUGCUCACUGAGGCGGUGACGGUCUUCGCUGUGGGGUAUGUGGGAGGUGUGCGGGGCGCGGAAGGCGGAGAAGAAGUUUGA